AUGGCUCUCCGUCCUCGUGAAGAAGUUUGCAGCUACAGAACAAGUUGGUCGGUCUGUGAGUCUGAUGCCGGGCAAUUGGGCAGUUGGGCAGUUGGGCGUAGGGAAAAGGAGAUAAGAUUUUUGGCAAAAGUGGGUCUUGAACACCGCCGGUUGGUGCCCGGUGUUGAGACCAAGAGGGAGUCCUGCGAAAUUCAGCUUGCAGUGACGAGUGGCGAGUCAAGCGUGACGGUGCCGGGCGCUCGAUUGGCCCGACAAGAGCUGCCAUCCGCCUCAUGUCCGUGGGAAGUGCGCCUAAACCGGCCUUUGUGCCUACCCGCCUGGAGCCGCGUGGUUGAUCCGCGCGUCGGCGGUUCCGGCCUCCGGUGCCGCGGCAGCCCGAGCGGGACUCGAGGCCAGGCGGGACACGGCAGCCGCGGUCAAUUGGGAUUCGUCCCUGGCGGCCGCCGGCACGGACAAGCGAUCGUGUGUCUCAGCAAUGUACACCCGACAGCCGUCCGCCUCAUGUCAGGCUUCCAGCAAAAACUGUCAGCAAGUGUGUGA